UUACAAUCUCGCCUGUCACAAUGCUACACUCAAUUCGAGCACACCGGGCCAUUCGCCCAUCGCCAACAAUAAUACCAACAGCAUCGAAACUCCUCAAUCCCUCGACACGAACCUACUCCUCCCCGUCCUCCAAAACACACACCCGCCCGUCCUCCUCCGCACAACCCGACUCCCCAGCAACCGUCCCCUCAACCUCCUCUACAUCCACAACCUCCCCGGACGAUAUCAACCCGCCACCAAGCACGCGCCCGGCAGACAUCAACACACCAGACUCGCUACCCGACGAUGCCGCGCCGGUCGAUACAGUAAAGCGCUAUAUCGCGCUGGGACGGGCAUACCUCUCUUUCUACAAGACGGGAUUGAAGAAUGUAUACCACAACUAUCGCACUUCUCUCCCAUUAAGAAAUGAAUUGGGACUGCCAGUGUACCUCCCAAUUUCACCGCCCCCGAAAUCGAAAACGAUUGCGUUCAAAAACGCAGUCGAGAAGACCGGGCUUAGUCGUUCGAAUUUCCAACUUAUUCGACGCGCCGCGUACGAUGUUCGACGGAUGAUACCGUUUACGCUUAUGUUGAUUAUCUGCGGGGAAUUCACCCCAGUUAUCGUUCUCGCGUUAGGUAGCGCAGUCGUCCCGUAUACCUGCCGCGUGCCGAAACAACUCACCAAAGACCGCACGCAAAAGGCAGCCAGGAAGCGCGCGGCCCUGGUGGCGCAUUACGUCCAAUAUACAGGCUCCGUCUCAUAUACUCCAGACCAAGGGAAGGAAUUGGACCUGUUAGCGCAAUACGUCAAUCUGGAGUGGAUCGAGUCCGCAUCUCCAGAAGAAGUGCUGCGCGCAUGUGCAGUCUUCGGUCUUGUAAAGACACAUACCCGUCCGUCUGCGCUUGUAUCGCUGGUAUACCGCGCGCGGCUGAGGCGGUUUGCUGAGUACUUGGCUGUUGAUGAUGGGUUGGUUAAGCGUGGGGGUGGGGUUAGUGCGAUGGAGGGGGUGGAGGUUAGGAUUGCGGUUGAGGAGAGGGGUGGUGUUGAGAUGGUUAUGCGGGAGACUGGGGAGGGUGUUGGUGAGAGUGACGAAUGGGAGGGGGAGAGGGAGCAGAGGAGGUGGUUGGAGGGGUGGUUGGAGAGGAGGGCAUAGAUCUCUUUUUAUAGGUGUUUGAUAUAGGGUUGGGAAAAGCUGUAGAUAAGAUCUAUAGAUUUACUAUGAUAGAAUGAUAUGUAAAAGUUGAUACAAUACGCUCCAGCUCGCAAUAGAAACAAUGAAACAUUCAAAAUAUAAAAGCC